AAUAGGAUCCCUUCCCUUACACUCUGAAAUAAAACAGAGGGCUUUUAUAGUAUGGAGGAAGAGAGGGAGAGAAGAAGCGUUUGAAAAUAGGCAAAAAGUGGGUCUUCUGAGUAAUUAGGGCACAGAGAUCAAAGGGUGUCGCUGUCACUCGUGUGAAAGAGAGAGAGCAAUGGCGUCUUCCAGUUUGAUUAGGGUUUCCAGGGCUAUCAUGGCGGCGACCAGAUCCUCCAGUUCCACCGGCGGAGCUGCUCUCUUUUCCUCGAAGGCCGCCACCAGUGCUGUUCCGAAGCCAAAGGCGAAGGCUAAGCCCAAGGAAGCAGGUGAUUCGACCAAGCCCAAAGCCACCCUCGGGAUUAUGAAGCCGACUCCGAUCUCUCCAGCUCUGGGUAGCUUCCUCGGCGUCAAGGAGUCCUCCCGCGCCGAAGCUGUCAAGCAGAUCUGGGCCCACAUCAAGCUCCACAAUCUGCAGAAUCCUGCCAACAAGAGGGAGAUUUACUGUGAUGACAAACUAAAGGGGAUUUUUGAAGGGAGGGAAAAAGUGGGCUUUCUGGAAAUUGGGAAGCUGCUUUCGCGCCACUUUGUGAAGGCUGAAUGAAUGUCCAUUCGUGUUGCUUUUGAUUGGAUGUAGUUUUAUGUUCACCAACUUUCGUUUGUGACCUUAUUAUGUAGGAAGGGAAGGGGUUUCGUAAUUGAAAUUAGCUGGUCUGCCCUUUGGAUGUAUAGAAAGCACGUAGGAGAACAUGUUCUGUUUUAAUGGCGUGUUUUCCAAACGGGAUAAGAGGAAAGAAACGGAAUUGCACGCCUCUCAAAGCAUUCCAGCGGUUACUAAUAUUAGUAAUCGAAUUCCUAAACCAUUCGGAAUUGAAUUUUAGACUCUGGGAAGACGGCUCUGUUUGGAAUCAAAUAUUUCUUUCCAAAA